CCGAUGGCAGGACAGGUCAUGAGACAGCUGAGCGGAUGAAAUCAUGGAGCCUGCGCCGAGGUCGGACAAGGUACGAUUGGGACUUCAUGGUGAUGGAGACUUGUCGGCCCGAUCCCCCAAACAGGGGAAAGGCAAACAGGCUGUAAGUUCAGCACCAGGCUCCCGCUCGGGGCUAGAACCAGGCUCUGUGUCAGGGAGUGGGCCUGCACCAGCGCCUAAAUUGUCUGGAGGUCAAGUGUCGGUGUCAAGGCCAGGUUCAAAGCUCAAACCUGGCACAGCAGCAGACAAAGGAGCAACCCGUGGUUCAGCGACAGCUCCAGGGGGUAAAACCCUGUCUAUGGAGAACAUCCAGUCUUUGAGUGCUGCCUAUGCAACUUCAGGCACCAUGUACCCCUCUGAGCGAGAUUCUUUGGAACCCUCUGGAGGGUAUCCCAAAGGCACCAUGACUUUGGGCAGGAGCACCAGCCGUUCCUCCUACACUAACCAAACAGCCAUGGGCAGCACCCCAAACAUCACCUCCUCUGGCCUACAUCACCCUUCAGACCCCUACGGAGACCAAACCUUGCAUCCUGCAAGGACUUCCAGUCUGCGGCGCCAGUCUGGGAGACAUCCGCAGGCACCUGAUUUGGCUGGACGGGGAGAAGUUUCCUCAUUUGAUCUCCAGUCUCAGCUGAGGGAGCUGCAGAGGGAGAAUGACAACCUGAGGAGAGAACUGGAUGGAGAGAGGGAUGGAAGGACGGGUCCAAGCAUGAACAAUGUCAACUUCUGGAGCCCAGAUGUGAAAAGAGACAAGGGGGUUAGGCGGGAGGAGGGGGUGAGGACCUCGGUUUUGAAGGAGCAGUACAGGACUAAUCAAGACGAUUCGCAGCCUGGGGAUAUAAGAAGAAUCAAGCAGCUUCCAUUGACAGUUCAGGAACUUCAGGAGGAGCUGAGGGCUCACAGGGAGAUGAACAGUCGCUUGCAGCAACAGCGACAGCAAGGGCACUCUGGCUCCUAUCGAGAACUCCAUACAGACCAGGACCACAGAGGGGGGCUCAGCCCUGGCCACAGCCCCAGACAAAGCUCCAGCAACCUGCACGGUCCUGAGCCGAAGAAUAGCCCGAGAGCCAGCCCAUCCAACACCUACAAUCCCAGGCAACAGGAAGCUGACGUCAUCAUUCACAGCCCUGGUUAUGGCUGUAACACUGCAGUAGCUGCACAGAGAAUCAGCCCGGCCAACACCCUUCAGCCUGGGCCGAGAAACAGCUCAAAUCAGACCUUCUACACUCCUAGCCAAGGUCCGGUGGUAGCACCCAGCUCUAGUUCUCUGCGGCCCUGCGGCCCCUGCCAGGUGCUGGGGUGUGACGGCUUCUCCUCGCCUCCUCCUCUGGAUCCAUCAGAGGAUAAUUUCUUCCGGCUUCAGUCGGAGCACGAGCGGCAGGCCAAGGAGCUGUUCCUGCUGAGGAAGACCAUGGAAGAGAUGGAGAUGAGAAUGGAUUCUCAAAAACAGACUCUGGGAGCCCGGGACGAGAGCAUCCAGAGGCUGCUGGAGAUGCUUCAGGGCCAGGGCCAGGGCCAGGGCCAGGGCCAGGGCCAGGGCCAGGGCCAAGGUCAAGGUCAGGGACACUGGGGUCGAGGACAGCGGACAGGCAUCAUAACUAUGGCGGCGCAGGAGGCCGAAGUGCAGCUGGAGAACAUGCAUGUGAGAGAGAUUGAGCAGCAGAAGCAGGAGCUGAACAGGAAAGAGUCCGAGAUGCAGGCUCUUCAGACUAAACUAGAAACACUGACUAAUCAGAACUCCGACUGCAAGCAACACAUUGAGGUGCUAAAGGAGUCGCUGAGCGCCAAGGAACAACGGGCCAACACACUGCAGACAGAGGUAGAUGCUCUGCGAGUGCGUCUGGAGGAGAAGGAGCAGUUCCUGACCAAGAAGACCAAGCAGCUGCAGGACCUGACCGAUGAGAAGAGCACUCUAACUGGAGAGAUCAGAGACAUGAAGGACAUGCUGGAUGUCAAGGAGAGGAAGGUUAAUGUCCUGCAGAAGAAGAUUGAGAACUUGUUGGAGCAGUUAAAGGAUAAGGACAAACAGCUGGCUGGGUUGAGGGAAAGGGUCCAGGGCCUUCAGACUGACUCCAGCAACACAGACACAGCGCUGACCACACUGGAGGAAGCUCUAUCAGAAAAGGAGCGAGUAAUUGAGAGUCUGCGUGAGCAGAAGGAGCGAGAAGACAGGGUUCGUCUGGAGGAGCUGGAACAGAUGACAAAGGAGAACCAGGUAUUAAAGGACAGACUUUCAGCCCUGCAGCCCCAGAAACUGUCCCAGACUCAGCCUGCUAACUCCGUCCUGACUCAGAACCAGAGGCCCGAUGGAGCGGUUACGGCCAAAGUAGAUGGGCCUCCAGCAGGAAGUCCCAUGACCCAAACGGAACAAACAGUCCUGAAGUGUCCAGACAUCACAGAUCGUCUGAAGCUUCUGGAGCAGGAAGUGGCUCGCAACAAAGAGGAAUCUGGGAAGUCACAAUCGGAAGUUGAGAGGCUAAUGAGAGCUCUAAGGGAUGCUGAGAUGGACAAAUUAUGCAAGGAGAAGAAAAUCGCUGAACUUGAGAGACCUGGGCAAAUGAAGUCUCCUAACAUCCAGAAGCAGACAAUGGUUGGUGAGAUGAGGAAAGAUGCCCAUACUGACAGACAUCCACACUCUUUAUCACAGCCCCUUGAGCUUCCUCUUUCAGCUUCCCAGGAUGCCAUGCGGGAGACGGCGGAGGGGAUUAUGGAGCUGGAGAGGGCACUGAGGGAGAGCAUGAACACCUCCGCACAUAGGGAGGCUCUCUGGGUGCAAGAGGAGACUGCUCGUGUUCAGGCCCAGAGACAGUUGGAGGAGCUGAUGGGGGCUUUAGAGAAGACCCGCCAAGAGCUGGAUGCCACUAAACUGCAUCUGUCAUCCACUCAGCAGUCCCUGCACGAGAGAGAUGGACACCUUAAUAGUCUUCGGCAGGAGAGACGCAAACAGCUGGAGGAGAUUCUGGAGAUGAAGCAGCAGGCUUUGCUGGCAGCCAUCAGUGAGAAGGAUGCUAACAUCGCCCUGCUGGAGUUAUCCUCCUCCACAAGGAAAAAAUCCCAGGAAGAAGUGAUGGCCCUGAAGAGAGAGAAAGACAAACUCAUGCACCAGCUCAAACAGCAGACUCAGAGCAGAAUGAAGCUGAUAGCGGAUAACUACGAGGAAGAGCACAUUCACCCUCAACAUCAUCCUCACCAUUCUCACCACAUGCAUCCAGUAAACAUGCAUCACCGAAGCCUGCCAAGAGGGCCCCCCCAUGCCAACCACCGACCCCCUUUGGACCAGGACGAUGAAGAGGGAAUAUGGGCAUGAUGACCAUCUUCAUGGAAACCCUGCAUCCAUUUGUUCACACUUCUUGUAGAGCCAGGUACCAAGAGGUUCAAGAGCUUCAACAGCAAGCCUACACACUGAACCGGCCUAUAAUUCCCCACCAUCAUGAUCCCCCAGACAUACAUAUAAGCAUACAUAUAUGGACAAGCUCAGCGUUCAGCCGGUCAGAGAUUAUACCGUCUUACCGAUGAAUGUCACCUCCGCUGACAAAUGCAGUGGCCCACUGAGGGUGGGUGAAUGUCCCUCCCAGGAGCAUCUGUCAUCAGUGUGGACCUACAAGGUAUUGGCAAGCGGCCUUCAUUUCCCAUGCUGUUUUCAAUAGACUGUGAGCUAGAUUGAUUUUACAGUACUGCGGUGCUACAGAGUUCUGGCUUCACAUCAACCGGCAAUCACUCCACCACCGUCGACUACUGGUGUGGCGAAGCCGAGCCAGUGGAACUAGCCGUAAACCCAUGCCAAUCCUGGACUGGUUUAUGAUGGCAUGAAUGUGUUUGCUUCUGACGUUUGUAAAUAUAACAACAUGGACCUCAAAAUCCACAAUCCACAGAAACCUUCUCAAUGUACCGUGCCAAAGGAGACAACCCUGUCUGCUGAAACAAAUGACUGAAAUGUGUCUGCAUCUGCAUCAUUCGGGCUACCCGGUAAACCGCCCUAGUUACUAAUUUCUUUCACUAUCUCGCACUUGCUGAGAGAUCAACCAAAAAAAGGCGAAUUUGGGUUUACAGAUGCCCCAUCAAAACAGUUUGAGGAUCAGCUUACACCUUCUCUAAAAUCAGGACCCUUAUUUACAGGGAAGGAGUCACAGCUGACCUCAAAUCAGCCAUCUUACUGUAAGAACAGUCUGUUUAUAAAUUUCUCCUUGUGUUCUUUUAGCCUGCUGUGCAUUUGUUAAAUGAACCAAUAUCAUGUUAUUAGCUUUUCUACAUCCGGAACAGUUUUGAGUGCCACUCUUCUUUUUUUGGAAGUUUUAACAGCUGCGUGUGACUUAGCACGCAAUGAGUGAUGUAUUAUUUUGUUGUUUAUUUGUUGAUCCUUUGAAUCUGAGUGGCGAGUCUGUUUAUUAUGAAGUGACGUGCGUCAUUACUUUUUUCACUGUGCUGGAGGUUGAUGAGAACUGACAGUGUUGUGUUUUGAUUCAACAGUAUAACAGUGUUUCCAUUUGGCCCUUAUACCUAACAUGUACAUUUUUUGUACAGUGUGUGUGUGCAUGUGUGUGUGGUUUCACGCUGCUCUCGUGUUUGUGAUGACUGUGAAAGUUUGAGGGGUAACAGUAUUCACCCUUGACUUGUUCCACAGUGUUUUGCCGUGGUCAGCUGGUUUCUUUUGUUUGAAUAAAAGUUCUUUUCACAAGAA